CGUUGGAAGCCACGGAAAGGUUCGGUUAAGACUCGCUAAAAACAGCUAAUGGGUUGCUUCCACUGAAACUAACAGAAACCUCUGCGGGAACGUCAUGGCUGUUCGUGGCACCGUUCCUCCUCCGGAUUACUACCCUUUUGAUAUCGCUCUAUCGGCACAGCCACCUGAAGAUCUGCAGGGCUUUUAUAAAGGAAACCAGCACAUGCUGAGCAGAUCAGGCUCGCAUUAUGGCCUGGCCACAGGAGGGGUCAGGACCGCUUGGGAUCAAGGGCAAGCUAGAGUGGCUACUCCUGGUCCUACGCCCGGGCAUCAUCCUCCUCCUCCUCCUCGGCAAGCUAGAGUGGCUACUCCUCCCCCGCCCUCGGCUCAUGAGAUCAGCCGCUUGUACAGGGAUUCUCUGGCCAUCAAGAUGAUCCAAGACAGUCAGCGUAUUCGCAGUAGAGCCGCUUCACCCGCUUGCUUCGGCAUUGAGUCCAGCUUCGCCGGCCACUCCGUGUACGGUGACGUCAACGGGCUUUCUCUGGAGUCCUGUCAGCCGGCAUCCACCUGCAUAGUGGUGGACCCUACAGCUUCGGUCAUGGAUGGGACUCUUCCUCGAGGGAAUCCUUCUUAUGGCUCCGUAGCGACUCAGAGGAUGCCCUAUGACCCUGCUUACGAUCCAGGCACUGCACCGGCUCCUCUCACCACCGGGAUGACUGGCCACCACCAUUCGGCGGGCGUCUCCAUCGACCCCAAGAGGACUGUGGAUUCGAAUUUCCUGGCACUCCUGCGCUCCGAGGGUCUGUCGGAAAACACUAUAACUCUUCUCCUACAGCAAGGGUUUGACUCUACAUCCAUGCUUGCCAUGAUGGAAGACCACGACGUCCGCUCCAUCGCUCCCAAUUUGGGGCAGGCACGAGUGCUGUCAAGAGUGGUUCUCAAUUGCAAGACGGGAGCAACCGGUGGUGCAGUAAUGCGAGGUCGUUCCAACAGCUUCAGCCACCGCAGUGAUCUCUACAUGCAGCCUCAGGCACUCGGCAUGGAAGGCAACCUCAUUCAACAGCCUCCCAGCGCCAUGCAGUCCAUCUCGCCUAGAAUGGGAGAGUUUCUAGGUCGCCGGCCGAGCAGUGCUCCAUCUCAGCAUCUCCUUGAAACCACAACAUACCCAGGGGUUCGCUCGAUCGGAGGUCUUCCGGUCAGUCCGGGUGGCUACGCCACUGCGCUACCUCAAACACGACCUUUAUACAACGCACACACUGGCCUGGCCAUGUCAGCCCUGUCUGCUCAACAACAGCCUCCGACCAUCCCAGGAGUGGCACCCAAGACCUUCUCCAGUACGUACACCCCCAUGGAGCUGAUGAAGCGCCCUCCAAACCUUCCUCCGUUCUCUCCUACCCACAGCCCUCAUCACAGCCCUCAGUUACUCCGCAAGGGAGCAGGGCCUGUGGAGAGUGCCAUCCUCCCGGCAUCUUCAGCCCUCCAGCCUCAGACCCUUAAUCCUAACAACAAGCAAACCCGCCGAACUGGACCGCCGGUCAUCAUAUCCACCAUGGCUUCACCUGACACAAGUAUCAGGCCUCAGAUCGUGAACGGCCCGAUGCAUCCUCGUCCUCUGGUGGCUCUGCUGGAUGGUCGGGACUGUACGGUGGAGAUGCCCAUCCUCAAAGAUCUGGCCACCGUAGCCUUCUGUGACGCACAGUCCACACAGGAGAUCCACGAGAAGGUGUUAAACGAGGCGAUCGGAGCGCUGAUGUAUCACACCAUCACACUGACACGAGAAGAUCUGGAGAAGUUCAAAGCGCUCAGGAUCAUCAUCCGCAUCGGCAGCGGAUACGACAACAUCGACAUCAAAGCAGCCGGAGAGCUGGGGAUCGCGGUGUGUAACAUCCCGUCGGCGGCGGUGGAGGAGACGGCCGACUCGACGCUGUGUCACGUGUUGAAUCUGUACCGCAGGAACACGUGGCUGUACCAGGCGCUGCGGGAGGGCACGCGUGUUCAGAGCGUGGAGCAGAUCCGGGAGGUGGCUUCAGGAGCCGCACGCAUCCGCGGAGAAACUCUCGGACUCAUCGGCUUCGGUCGUUCGGGGCAGGCCGUCGCCGUCAGGGCUAAAGUGUUUGGCUUCAGCGUGAUCUUCUACGACCCGUACCUGCAGGACGGUCUGGAGCGCUCGCUGGGUGUUCAGCGCGUCUACACACUGCAGGACCUGCUUUAUCAGAGCGACUGCGUCUCACUGCACUGCAACCUGAACGAACACAACCAUCACCUCAUCAACGACUUCACCAUCAAACAGAUGCGUCAGGGGGCGUUCCUGGUGAACACGGCUCGAGGAGGUCUGGUGGAUGAGAGGGCUCUGGCUCAGGCGCUGAAGGAGGGCCGGAUUCGAGGAGCAGCGCUCGACGUCCACGAGACCGAACCCUUCAGUUUUGCGCAGGGUCCUCUGAAAGACGCUCCUAACCUGAUCUGUACGCCGCACACGGCCUGGUACAGCGAGCAGGCGUCUCUGGAGAUGAGAGAAGCGGCCGCUACAGAGAUACGCAGAGCCAUCACAGGCCGGAUUCCUGACAGUCUGAGGAACUGUGUGAAUAAAGAGUUCUUCAUCUCAUCGGGUUCCUGGGGCCUGAUGGAGCAGCAGGUUCAUCCCGAGCUCAACGGCGCCGCCUACAGGUUCCCGUCAGGUAUGGCCGGAGUGGCGGCGGGUUCGGAGGGUCUGGUUCCGGUGACCCACUCACUGCCCGCAGGAAACCAUCCGUCCCAGACACCGUCCCCGAACCAGCCCUCGAAACACGGCGAGAGCAGAGAGCAGCUGAGCGAGCAAUAACAUCUUCAUCAUCAUCAUCAUCACUUCCUUUUACUUCCUUUUCCCGUUUUGGAGGCCGUGGAUGUUUUAGGAACACAGCACACGGAAUGGAGUUUGUUAGUUUGACGUGUUUCUUUUCACAAUCAUCUCUUACGUGUGAAUAAUUCAGUUUAAUUAAAUCAGGCAGCAGGACAAAAGCCACGCCCACUCGUCCAUCCAUCACGAUGAUUGACAGCUCAGCGCUCUGCUCUGAUUGGCCAGGGCUCUCAGACUUCAGCCAAGGAGUGAAACACCAAACGAAAUCUUUCUCUCGUGUGUUUUGUUUGUGAAUCUCUACUAACGAACGGUUCUGUUUCUUUCUCGUACCAGCAGCAGUUUGCUUUUUGUUUGCCGCUUCGGUUCACUAUAUGACUCAGGAAGAUCUCACCUUCACAGUUUUUCUUUUUCUCCACCAACUCUUGUCCAGAUUGGUGCAUAUGAACACAUGUUUUCUCUCGUGCGUUCUCAUGGUAGUAUUUUUAUACAGUGACGCGUCUCACGGCCGUCUUCAGAUGGACAAGCAGUGAAACUCGGUAGGUUUAGAUGGAUGUCCUGUACUCAUAGUCGCGUGCGGUUUGUUCUGCUGAAGGUGUUUGUCUGUCAGGAAGCGGGAGGUUGUGUGUGUUAUUGUGAUUAUUUGUAUUUGUUUCUUGUAUACGGUGAACAUUUAGCAUCAGUGCAGAUCGAAUAAAUCAUGCAGGUUCAGAA